AUGUCUGCUCAACAAAACGGUAUUGUAACUUUAUUAAAGGCUGAAAAGGAGGCUCAAGAGAUUGUGAGUGAAGCUAGAAAAUAUAGACAAGAAAAAUUAAAACAAGCUAAGAUCGAUGCUGCUAAUGAAAUAAACAAUUAUAAGGCUACUAAGGACAAUGAAUUGAAGGAAUUCGAACAAAAAAACGGUAAUAACGUUGCUGCUUUAGAGUCUGAAAGUGCAGAGGAAAUCAAGAAGGAACUAGAUGAAGUCAAGAAACUAUCCAAGGAAAAAGAGGGUACCGUUGUUGACUUAUUGGUUAAGGCUAUUACUCAACCAGUAUCUGAAAUGCAUGUGAACGCUGCCUAG